AUAUUCGUAUCUGAACGUAACGUUUCGUCCUGGAGCGAGGCUACGCAACUUUUUUUAAGUUAGGAAAAAACAACGGUGUGUAGUAUGGCAAAAAAUUAAAGUAUUUUAAAUAAAAAUAAAGUUAAAUAGAAAAAUCAUAAGCCUUUAAUAUAUGCGAAUUUGGUGCAAAAAAAUUAAAUAAAGUGUAAUUAAAAUAACAACAAGUUAUAAGUGUUUUUGGAAAAAAACAAUUUAAAUUUUAUUUAAUUCAAACGCGUUAUUUUCAUUUCUUAUAUAAAGAAAAUGUGGCAUACCACCUACUUACUCCUCGGCAUCCAAACAUUUAAUAUUAUUUAAUAGAAAAUUCAUUUCACGUCGUUUGUUACGCGUUGCACGCGUUACGGUCACAUCGUUGUUGUUUUCUACAUAAUCAUCAGCUUCAUUAUUAACACUGGUAACAUCAUUGUCAUCAUGGUAAUAUUAUAAAAAUCGGUCAUCCUUAAUACUCGUAUCAAGUAAAGUAGCUAUAAGAAUAUAUAGAAACUCGUAGAUGUCGUAUCUGACGGUUGUCAUACCUACCGACAAUCGCUAAUAGCAAAAUUUUAAACUCCAACACAGAAUACCACGCAUAUCAAAUAAUGACAAAUAACAGCAAAAUCAUCUGCUAAUGAAGGCCAUGUAACGUGCUUUCCCAACUACUUAACACAAUCGACAUCACAUCAACAAUUUUGUUUGCCUUAACGCAGAAAAAAAUAAAUUAUGAUUGUGCUAAAAAGAAAAUUAAUUUAAUUAAAUUAAUAAAUUGUAGCAACAUACAUAUACAGAUAAAGUUAUCGGAGAAAAAAUAGAAAAUGAAAAAUGAAAGAAAAUUUAUGCUAAAAACGUGUUAAAAAAUCUAUAAAAGAAAAUGUGUCAGUAAUAAUAAAAAAUAGAAGAAAAAGAAAACACAUUCAAUAUUUACAUAAAGAAAACCCGAAAAAAAUUCAAAAACAACAGUGAUGAAUUUAUAAUGAAAACGUCAUGUCAAAAUGUUUACUUUAGAUAAAGCAAAUUGAAAAAAAUAAAUUGCUUAACAAAAAUGAAUAAAUUUUAAAGCUAGCAAACAAAUAAUAGCUCCCCGUACAUAUCCUUAGUAAAUAAAAUCAUAUCCUUAAAGAAAAGAAAAAAAUAUCUUAAAAAAUUCCACUAAUGGUUUAAUUAUAGCAUUAAUUGAAAUAAGAAAAAAAAUCUUUAAAUAAUAAUUAUAAUUAAAUAAUAAAGUAAUAGUGUAGUGCAGUGUUAAAAUAAUUGAAAAUAUAUCAACGAAGACCUUUUUAAUAAAAUUGUUGUUAAUUUAUCGAUUAAAAUUUUGUAAAUUUUUAUAAAAAAAAUUUAGUUUCUGUUAUGAAACAUAGUGAUUUUGUUGACCCAGCAACAAUAACAACAUAAUGAAGAAAAUGGAUUUAGCUGGCAACAAAAACAGCAGCAACCAGAAAUGAAAACUAUUUUAUAACUGAAACUGACAGCGAAACAAGAAUAAUUGCAACCUUUUCUUAACUCAAGUAGCGCGCUGAUACCGAUCGUUGAACAAAUGAACAAUCACCUGAAGGAAGAACACAAUUCAAAAACGGAAAAACAAGUUAAUUAGCGUUAAAAAAUCGCAAUGCAACAGAAAAUAUAAAUUAAAAUAAAUCCAAAAAUAGGAAAAAAAGAAAGCAAGAAAACACAAAAAUAUAUAAACACAUAAAAAAUUCAGUUUAUAUAAAACCCUUAAGCUUAAGCGUACCUUUAAAAAUACAAAAGCGGCAUUUUUUUUUAAAUUAAACAAAAAUACAUAAAGCAAUGGUUAAGGUUGCAUCAUUUACAAGUGAAAAUGUAAAUUCUUAUCUACCAUGAAUCAACAGCAACAACAACAACCACACCAGCAAUAUCACCAACAAAUAAACAUCAACAGAAAACUUGGUUGCAGAACGGGCCCCAGCUAAAACCGUAAAAUAUUAAAAAAUACAAAAAAUAUAUAAUAAAAAAUACAUAUAAAAAACAAGGCAUUUAGAAAAUUGUUACGCUUCAGAAAUUAAAUUGUAACAUCCGCCAACAGGAAACAUUAAAAUUGUUCUAGUUUGUUUGAAAUUUUAUUUCGGUUUUUUAUGUUGCCACUGAUACAUGUAUGCAUACACUAAUACAUAUAUAUUUUUAUUUUACCUGCGAGAUAAUAAAUUAUAGUAAAAGCGAACAGAAAAUAUAUAAAUAAAUUCAAAUUGUAUAAAAUAAAAUUAGGCUCACACAAACACCCUACACACAUACUUCCCCUAUAAUAAAAGGAAAAAGAUACAUCAACAACGAAAUACCUUGUAAAGAAAUAACUAAACCUAUUUAUUAAUAGAAGAACCAUAAAAAAACUCAGCUCAUAAUGGAAUUGUUAAAAUUUUCCCGUCUAACUGUGCUUCUAGUCUGCCGCUAUUAUUUGGGUUUGGCAACACUUUUUAUAUUCGUUGCCCAUCUAAAUUUAUCAACUGGUCAAAUAGAUUGGGACGACGAUGAUGAUCCAGUCUCAACAGUAGCAGUUGAAGCGGUACUGGGUCGUACAGCCACUUUACCAUGUGACAUCGAACCGGAAGCCAAGGAUGAUAGAGUUUAUAUGGUCCUGUGGUUUCGUGAAAGUGCUGGUAAACCACUUUACAGUUUUGAUGUACGGGGGAGACCUUUCGAGAAGGCUUUGUAUUGGUCUGAUACAAAUUCAUUUGGUCCCCGAGCUUAUUUCGUGACAAGUAAACAACCUGCCAAAUUACAAGUUGACAAUAUACAAUUAGACGAUGAGGGAGUGUAUAGAUGUCGUGUUGACUUCCAAAAUUCACCUACACGGAAUCAUAGAAUAAAUUUAACGGUUAUUGUUCCUCCACAUCAAAUCUUGGUAUACGAUGCAUCAGGUCGAGAUGUUGCCGGUGCAGUGGGUCCUCUAUUUGAAGGCGACAAUAUUGUGCUGACAUGUGAAGUUCGUGGUGGUAAGUAAAAUGGUUCUUUUAAUUUUUUAUUUAUAUAUACAGUGUUGGUCAUAGAUAUGAUAAAAGUUGAGCGUUUUUUGGUAAAUAACGAAAUAUAUUUACUAAAAAUUUAACAUCCAAAAGUU